UCCGUCUCCCUGAUGCCCGGAGCCGGGGCCGGGGCCGAGGCCGGAGCCGGAGCUCCGAGGGCGCUGGGCCGGGAGCUGCGGCGGCGCCGCCCGGGAGCCCGGAGGAGGUGAUUAUUCUCCGACGGGCCGAUGAAAGCCAACGAUGACUGGUUGUGGUUCACAGUCCCUCAACGCGCUGAUGGUGGUUUUCUCCUUGCUGACCUCCACAGUAUCAUCUGCGCACUUCCGCGUCUGCGAGCCGUAUGCCGACCACAAAGGCCGCUACCACUUUGGCUUCCACUGCCCACGGCUCUCUGACGAUAAGUCCUACAUCUUCUGCUGUCACCAUAACAACACCGUCUUCAAGUACUGCUGCAACGACACCGAGUUCCAGGCCGUGAUGCGGAUGAACCUCACUGGACACUCUGAGAGUUUCAUGCACAACAACUACCCUGCCCUACUUGGCGUCUGGGUGUAUGGCUUCUUUGUGCUGGGCCUGCUGGUCCUGGAUCUGGUGCACUACUCGGCAAUGAACUAUGAUGUCUGCAAGCUGUACCUGGCCCGCUGGGGCCUCCAGGCUGCGUGGAUGAAGCCGGGGCCGGGCCCUUGGGGCAGCCCUGCUCAGGCUCCACCACGCCCGGACCGUGCCCGGCCCCCACCGCCUGUCUCGGCCCCUGCCGCCUCAGCCUGUGCCACGUCGCCACCGGGACCUGCUCCAAAGGGGGACUCGCGGAAGCCGACGUUGCUCUCUUUUCACAGCUCCUCCGCCUGAAACAAACAGUCAUCCAUGUGCCUCAGGUUGGGAGAGGAGAUGUCAAAGCCCCAACCAACAGCUUCCAGCAGGAGAUCCUGCACGGCAGGGACCCGGCCGGGCCAACAUGUUGACGGGGAGCCAAGAUUGCGGUGGAGGGCCAAGAUGGCGGCAGAGGGCCAGCAUCCCAUGCCCCUUGGGACCCUCCCACUGAACGGCAAGGGAAGAGGUGUCCCGGGCAGGGCUUCCCCAGGCAGAUGUCAGUAAGCAAUAUUUCUGUGUUCAACUGUCUCUCGGAUGCAGCCGAUGGUGGGGCUCAGGGGGGGGUCAAUGGCUUGUUCACGGCUCUGGAUGCCUGGUUUCCAGACCACGAGUUAGGCUGAAGACAAUCCCCGCUUCCCCGCCUUCACCCAAUCCACUGCCCCCAUGAGCAGAGCACCGCUCACCAGAGCACUGAGCAAGAGGGUCCCAAGGGGUCCGGUGGACAUGGGCCACAGCAGGGUGGGCACUGGAGCUCAGACCGGCAUGGUGUCGGGGCCCCUCCUCUCCAGACCUGAGGUAGAAAGGCCUCCACCGGCACUGGAGGAGAGGGGAAGGCUCAUCGUGGUCCAGUCGGCUUAAUUUGGACGGUUGAAAGGGGAUGGGGGUUGGGAGGAGAGGG